AACAACUUGAAGCUAGUGAUGUGAUUUCCUCUAAGAUUCAUCCAGAGCUGAACGAUUCAUGUAAGAAGAGUAAACCUACAUUAAAGCAAUCAACAGAUACGAAGAGAAGUAAAGAAACAAAAUCACAUAAAAAGUCUCAUCUGAGUAAUAUUAAUGGACCAACACACAAUCAAUGUAGUGGGUUGAAGAAGCAACACAUAACAUACCCAGAUAAGGAGACUAGUGGCAAUAUUGUUAGUGCAACUACGUCCGAUCAAUAUGUUGAUUUGAAAAAACAUAACACAAUUUUUCCUGACGAAAAAUCUCAUUUCAAUAAUAUUAAUGGUAUAUCACCCAAUCAAUCUACUGGUUCAAAGGAACAUAAUACAAUCUAUAUAAAUGAAAUGUCUGACACCAAAAGUCUUAGUGGAAUAAUUUCUGAUCCAACCAGUGUUUUAAAGCCACCUAAAAAACAUCACACAGAUGAAAAAGAUUUUUUAUGUUAUAUUUGUGGUAAGAUAUUCAAUUCAUAUUAUAAUUUGAAGAUCCAUAUUCACACAGAUGAAAAAGAUAUUUCAUGUUAUAUUUGUGGUAAGAUAUUCAAUUCAUAUACUAAUUUGAAGAUCCAUAUGAGAAUACAUACUGGUAAAAAACCUUAUUCAUGCAAUAUUUGUGGUAAGAGUUUCCUUAGGUCAACUCAUUUGAAGAACCAUACAAGAAUACAUACCGGUGAAAAACCUUUCUCAUGCAAUGUAUGUGGUAAGAGUUUCAAUGCAUCAUCAACUCUGAGGAUGCAUAAAAGAGUACAUACCGAUGAAAAGCCUUAUUUAUGCAAUAUAUGUGGUAAGAGUUUCAAUAGAUCUGAUACUUUGGUCUUACAUAAAAAUAUACAUACUGGUGAAAAACCUCAUUCAUGUUAUAUUUGUGGAAAAAAAUUCAGUAGAUUAUGUACUUUGCUCUCACAUAAAAAUUUACAUACCGGUGAAAAACCUUUUUCAUGCAAAAUUUGCGGUAAGAGUUUCAAUCAAUCUAGUGGUUUAAAGUAUCACAUAAAAAAACAUACCGGUGAAAAACCUUACUCAUGCCGUGUUUGUGGUAAGAGUUUCAUUUUAUCUGGUACUUUGAAGAAGCAUGAACUUACCCAUACCCAUUGAAAAUACAUAUCCCUGCUACAUUUGUCUUUUGAAAUGGGAGGGAAAAGAAGCCCUCGGUAAACAUUUACAAAGACAUAGCUAUAGUAUUUAAUUGUUAUAUAGAUACUUUAUUUCAUUCAUAAUAUUCCAUUUUAUUGCAUAAGUAGUUACUUUGUUAUCGUUACAAUAAAAAUUUGUUGCUGUUGUUUUUUAAAAUUUUAAUGAAUUCAAAUUCAAAUAUUUUUAUUCAAAAUAGGAUGUGACAUUACUUAUUGAAAGUCAUAAACUACCACCCAUUCCAAAAUGAGUGCCUCAGACCUGAUAAGAACGGGCGCAACAAACUCAGCGGGCUUUUUUUUUAUCAUCGAAAAAAUAUGUUUACAAAGUAAAAUUUUACAAUUAAACUUAGUUUAUUAUUCAAACAAAACAAAUCUUAUAACUAUAUUUACAAUUCUACGACUACAUAAAAUUAAAACUAUCAUUACGUGGAAGCGUACCAAGAAUACUGGCAGCAUUACCGCGUUGGAUACCAAGGCUGAUCCGUUGACCGAAAUAGCUGCCAGCGCUUGGGCUUACAGUAGCCUUAUUGAGGCGCGAAGAUAGUACAAUUAAACUUAUUAUUUAAUAGCCUGAGGGCGGUCACUCCAUUCCAAUCUGUGGUAUCAUUAAGAAAGUCAUUUAUGUUAUAGUAACCUUUACCACACAAACGUUUUUUAACAAUUCUUUUGAAGAACGUAAUACUUUUAUUUUGUACAUUUUCUGGGAUCUUGUUGUAAAAGCAUAUAAUAAAUGAAAUAAAUGUAGGUAUGUACUUGUUAGCACAUUUGCUGUCGGUAUACAAAAAACUAACAAAACCCGUGCAAUUAAUGUUGUCAAAAAGUAGAAUUUUCAUGUUGAGCAAAUUUGAACGUACUGUAGAAUUGGGUCAGUGAUUAAAUGAACUGAAUAUUUGUUCAAAACGCGGCAUUGCCAGUUUUCCGCGCAAAAUUUGAAUAGUAAACACAUGGUUGGUUUGGUCCGGCCAAACCAUAAACCAUCGGACGCGGUCCGGUACCGGACCAUAUUCGAUGGUAUGUUGUAUCGUCCAUCUCUCAAAUUUAUUAUUAUUACCUUCCGAAGUCCGGUCUGAGUACGACGGCAAUCCAAUUGGUGCUAGGCGCCCACUCACGCCCACCGGAAUGUCCUAUGGUCGGGCCGUACCAAAUCCGACCAUGUUUUUGGCUAUUAACUCGCGAGCGUACGGGUCACCUGGUGACGUUAAGUGAUCACCACCGCCCACAUUAUCUUGCAACAUCAGAGGAAUCACGGUUCGUGCUAUUUUUAAGGACCCCAUGUCGUAUCGUCCCGGAAACGCAGCAUAAGGAAGCUUAUUCCACAGCUUUGUAGUACGUGGAAGAAAGCUCCUCAGAACAACACUGUGGAGGACCGCCACACAUCCAGAGGUGGGGAUUGAUAUCCUAAUUAGUGGCGGAUCGUGGUGAAGGUGAAAUUCGGCGGCAGGAAUUAGGUGAAACAGUUUUUCGGAAAACUCCCGUGAUAAAUGCGGUAGCAGACACACUAUGAAGCGACGUGUCUAUGCAACGCCAAGUGAUCCAGCCGUUCACAGAGCAUUGGGUCCCCGACAAUUCGAGCUGCUAUGCGUUGCACGCGGUAAAAUGGAUCAAGCUGAUACUGGGACGCCAGACCAGAGAUGACAGCAAUACUCCAUGUAUGGCCGGACCUGCGCUUUGUAGAGCGCUAGAAUGUGGGCCGGCAUGAAGUAUUGCCGUGCUCUAUUAAUGACGCCCCACCUUCUUCGAAGCCAAUUUGGCUUUGCCCUUCAGAUGGGCAUGGAAUUAGCAAUCGCUCGAGAUUUCGAGACCCAAUAUUCUAAUACUAGGCGAGGCUUUACGAGAAGCGUUGUCGUAGAAUGGUGAUACGAGAAAUGGGGGUAUUUUAGUGGUAAACUUGAGUCUUCUGGGGGUGAAAUUAGACAAGGUUCAAUUAAUCCCAUUCCGCGAUCUUCUCAAGAGAGGACUGGAUAGAAGACACAAGUUUCUCCCGGCACUGGUCAAUGAUUUCCUGAGAGGGACCUGCAUGGCCCGUGUAUUCGGCAUCUCGAAGACCGCAGUUAUACUCACGUGACCAGUCGUAUGCUCCGCGUUACACAACCUUACAGAGGCCGCGCUUACGCUACUAAAAGAGCUUAGCUUCCAACCGAUCAACUUUAAUGAAUGUGGUACACCAGUGGCCAUUGUUCGACGCGAGUCUACCAGGCAACUGUCUACAAUCAACUGUAUAUAUUUUACUGAGAUAGCAAUAGUUUUAGAGCGACAUAGAGCACAUUGUAUUAUUCUGAAUUCUAAUUGAAUGAAACAUUUAACUUAGUCAAAAUGUAAGCUUUGGUAAUUGUGUGUAAUUUCUAAAGAAAAAAAUUUUUUAUAAUAACAACUGUAAUUGUUAAUUAGUUUUAAGGAUUUUGUAUAUCGUGUACCUGAUUUGAAAUAUAUAUUCUUCAUACUACUCAA